UUUCCACUAUAUUAAUUUCUUCACUGGACUCUCUCGUAAACCCUAGCUUUUUCUUCUUGCUGCGUUAACAGAAGGAAUCUCCAAAUGACGAAGAAGAAGCCCAACCCUUUGGAAGAUCCACCGAAAGCAUCUUCAAGCGACGACAAUGAAGUCGAGGCGUUGUCCGGAGACGAUGAAGAAGAACAGAUCUCCAACGAUUCUUCGUCUGACGAUCUCAUGAAUCCAGUCGCCAUUCCGUCCGCGAAGAACUCCAAAUCUGAGAAGCUGAACGCCGUCACCAAACCCAAGGGUGGCUCGCUGGCAGUGAAGAAGCGGCCGAUCGAAACGACCUCCGUUAGUGCAAAACGGGCCAAAAUUGCAGAGGAGGCGAAGAAACCGUCGUCGUUUCAGAGGCUGUGGAGCGAAGAAGAUGAGGUCUCUAUGCUUCAAGGUAUGAUCGAUUUCAAAGCUGAUACGGGGAAGAGUCCGUACGAAGACAUGGAUAGGUUUUACGAAAUCACCAGUAAGUCGAUUAGCUUCGAGGCUAGUAAAAUCCAGUUCGUUGAUAAGAUUAGGUCUUUGAAGAGGAAGUAUAUGGGGAAAGUCAAGCACGGUGCUGAGUCCUUGACUAAAAAUCAUGAUAUUGAUUGUUUGAAAUUGGCCAACUAUAUUUGGGGAUCUCAUGGAAUGGCUCUCAAUUCUAAUGUGAAGAAGCUUGGUAAAGAAGAAGAAGUUGUGGCUCUUGAAUCUGCCGCUAAGUCCAGUGGAACACCAAAAAAGACUAAGAAGAAGCCUGUUUCUGUGGAAGCUAAUGGUGACAAAGUAGAAGAAGAUAGGGAGGCGUUGGUUAGUGGUGACAAUGGAGGAGAAGAUAGGCAAGUGUUGGCUGGUGGUGAAAAGGUAGCACAAGAUGGGGAGGUGUUGGCUGGUGGUGAAAAGAAUAAGGAAGUGUUGAUUAAUGGAGGAGGAGCUUCCAAGUCUCAUGGUGUGAGAGCAUCUGACUGGUUUGAAGACUCGUUUCUUGUAGGAUCUAUUGCGGGUUUAGGUGUGAGUGAAAGGUUCGUGAAAGAGAAAUGGAGCAUGGUGACAGUGGAGACAAAGAAGAGAAUGGAAGAGAAGUGGAAGUUAUUGCAGGCCAAAGAAAUGGAACUGGUGCUGCACAAGACUGACUUUAUGCGUGAGAUAGGCUCUGUGAUUGCUGAAGCAUCUUAGGAAUUAGGUUUUCUUACUGGCUUCUCUGUUUAAAUGGACCAAUGCUAAUUUCGUUAUAAUUCUAGCUGAUCUUGUAAAAUCUUCUUUUUGGAUUGUUGCUUUUCUACAGACACCGUGGAAGUUCUUUGGUUCUUGUUUUCUAGUUGAUGUUGCGAGUUCUUGCUUAUGUAUAAACUCCAUGGAAACU